CCAGACGUCCUCCGUGCCUGAGCUGCUGGUGUCUUGCACCAUGAAAAACAGAAAUCUACUGCUCCCAGAACUCUUGAUGCUGCUUCUGUUGCCAUUAGGAGCUUCAGCCCAGAAGACUAGAGACAUCAACAUGUGUGAACCAUCAUUGAGAAAGUCCUGUGCAGCCUAUGCUGACUGCCAGGGCAUGGAUGGGAAGUACUGCAUGUGCGGCCCAGGACAGGAGCUUAUUUCUGAGACAGCCUUCAGGAAUGAGAGUGAGAACAUGUGUCAAGGGAUGUUGGUGCUGCUGCUGUUGACACUGGGACCUGUACAGAAACUGAGAGUCUCUGCCCCCACAGACUGUGCUCCGUGGUGCCCUCUGAAAUCCACAUGUGUCAAUGCCACCGCCUGUCGCUGCUCUCCGGGUUUCAGUUCUUCGUCUGGGGAGAUCUUCACCAGCCGCUUGGACAGUUGUGAUGACAUCAAUGAGUGUGGACCACCCCCAAUAGUGUCCUGUGGAAAGUUAGCAGACUGUCAGAACACAGAGGGGAGCUACUACUGCAUGUGCAUCCCAGGAUAUGUGCUUGCUUCUGGGGCAACAAUGUUCAUGGAUGAGAGUGAGAACACGUGUCAAGUUCAUAAUACUACGAGCAGACCAGAUGACCAGAACCCAGAAGGAUGUUGUGUCAAGCCUAAGCUGGAUAACAAGGAUCCACCCCCAUACACACAUGGAGAGCUGGAUGAUAAGAGGUUUUCAUCCAGAAGAGGCAUCUUUUUCCCCACCUGGACUCCACCCCGUGGAAUCAAGAGCCAGACACUCUCUCGCUUCUUUCAAAGAGUCCAAGAUCUGCACAGAGAGUUCAAACCAGACUUUGUCCAGAACACCAUCCAGGACCUCAUACAGGGGGUGGAUGAGCUGCUGGAGACCCCCGAGGACCUGAAGGCCCUGCCUCACUCAGAGCAACACCGUGUGGCCACUAAUCUGCUCACUGGCCUGGAGAAUUCCCUGAGAAAUAUGAGCCAGGCCCUGUCCAAUGGGACAUUGACCUUCAAUGCAUCUGCAGGCACAGACCUGUCCCUGAAACUGUGGGAGCAAGGAGACAGAAAUGUCAUCUUGAGUCAGAAUCAGGUGAAGAUGAUGUUGAACUGGGAUGCGGUGCAUGAUUCUGGUGACUCAGGCCCUUCUGUGGUGGGCCUCAUCUCCACUCCGGGGAUGGGAAAGUUGCUGGCUGAAGCCCCUCUGGUUGUGGAGCCUGAGAAGCAGGCAGUUCUGCAUGGGGCACACAAGAUCUCGCUGCAAGAAGCCUCCCCUGUCCUGCUCUCAGAUGUCAUCUCUGCAUUUAUGAGCAACAAGGUCACCCAGAAUCUCAGUUCCCCCGUCACUUUCAUCUUCUCCCACCAUUCAAUGACCCCUGGGCCAACACAAAAGGUGUUCUGUGUCUUCUGGGAGCACAGUCAGGAUGGAUCUGGUCAUUGGUCCACCAGAGGCUGCACAAUGGUGAACAGUAGAGAUACCAGCACCACCUGCCAGUGCACCCACCUCAGCAGCUUUGCCGUCCUCAUGGCCCACUACGAUGUGCAGGAGGAUGAUCCCGUGCUGGCUGUGAUCACCUACAUGGGGCUGGGCACCUCUCUGCUGUGUCUCCUCCUGGCAGCCCUCACCUUCCUGCUGUGCAAAGCAAUCCAGAACACCAGCACCUCCCUCCACCUGCAGCUCUCGAUCUGCCUCUUCCUGGCCCACCUGCUCUUCCUCAUCACCAUUGACCAGACCAAGAUCAAGGUGCUGUGCUCUAUCAUUGCGGGUGCCUUACACUAUCUCUACCUGGCCUCCUUCACCUGGAUGCUGCUGGAGGCUCUACACCUCUUCCUCACUGCACGCAACCUGAAAGUGAUCAACUACUCCAGUGUGAGCGUGCUUAUGAAGAAGCUCAUGUUCCCUGUGGGCUACGGAGUCCCGGCUGUAAUUGUGGCCAUUUCUGCUGCAUCCAGGCCUCACCUUUAUGGAACACCCACCCGGUGCUGGCUCCACACAGACAAGGGAUUUAUAUGGACCUUCCUUGGCCCCAUCUGCACCAUCUUCUCCAUAAAUUUGGCUUUCUUUCUGAUGACCUUUUGGAUUGUGAAAAAGAAUCUCUCUUCACUCAACAGAGAUGUAUCCACCCUCCGGAACACAAGGAUGCUGACAUUUAAAGCCACAGCUCAGCUCUUCAUCCUGGGCUGCACAUGGUGCCUGGGUGUCCUGCAGGUGGGUCCAGCUGCCCACAUCAUGGCUUACCUAUUCACCAUCAUCAACAGUCUGCAGGGUGUCUUCAUCUUCCUGGUGUACUGCCUCCUCAGCCAUCAGGUACGAGAGCAAUACAAGAAAUGGUUCAAAGGUGUCAGGAAAACCAAAGCUGAGUCUGAGCAGUACACUCUCUCCAGUGGGACCAUGUCCAAUGCCUCCAAACACAGUGUGGAGAAUUAUAAUUAACAGCUAAACCUGAUGAACUUGUCUCUUAGAAAAUGAAGAAAAUACUGGCUGCCAUCCUUUGGACAAAGAAUAUAAAAAAUGCUUUUUUUCAUGUUUGUUACAAAUAACUCUUCUUGGCACGACUGUGGGAGAAAGUAUGCAGGAAAUAUUUGACAUUCGGUUGCUAGAAACUUGGAUUUUCUGGUGCAUACAACACUCUCAUCUUACUCCCAGUAUAAUCAGGAACUAUUACCGAAUAUCUCAUUAGAAGCCUCUUCUACAAAAAUUCUUCCUCAGGUUGAUGAUAUAUAAUAAGGAAAACUUGCCCCAUAGGACUUUCCUAAAAUAGCAUAAGAGAGGAAAGUAAUUCACAUACCUGCAUAUAGUGUAAACAACUAAUCCCAGUUGCUCAAGACAUUCCCAGUUUUAGUGCUGGAAGUAUUACAUCCCAGAAAACACUUUGGUUACAGAAAAGUAGACCAGUUGGUCUCUGUAUAGCAUGCCUCAACUUCACUCUCCAUUUCUAAGGACUUACUAAUUUUUUAUUCCAAAAAUAUGUGCUGGGAACAGAUCAAGAAGAUCCAAUUUCUAAUUUCACAAAAUUUAAAUGUGAAGAAAAAAAUUUCAUCAGAGCAAAAUUAGAGCUUGGGACUAGAAUCUGCAUCUUUAUGUUUUUUAAGUUGAGUUGUGGAAAAAGGUGUAUACAGCUACUACACAUUUUGUGAAAUGUAUUUCAGGAUAACAUAUUAUUUCACCUUCAUCAUGCAGCCUAGGCAAGAUCUAAAUCUAGAGCAGUUACACCUACAGGAAACUCUCCGUGGGUUUCCUCUGACCAAUUCUGUAUCAAUUUGAAUAUCAAGGAAAAUGACUGUACAUGAUUAUAUUUUAAAUAAAUAUAUCCAUGAAUCCAUAGUGAUACUUUAAAAUAUCAGCUAAUAGAUGCAGAAAAUACAACAGAAUUAGAAGAGAAUGAUUCUUUCAAUAUCCCGUAAGUGGCCACUAAAAGCAUUGACUGAAAGGCUUUGGAGAGCAGGCUGGGACCAUAGCACCAAAGAAUCACCUCAAGACUGCCAACUAAUUACAAAGGCUGAAGUGUACAUUUGCAAUGUAGAGAUCUGACAGCCACCAUCUGAAAUUAAUGAAGUUUAAUAUCAUCAAUGGUGGGCAAACUGACCUAUGUAUCUCCUGAUAUGUCAUGAAUUUACAACAUCCCAUUUUUAGUCAAUAAAGAAUUAUUAACAAAUCAGUCUAACUGAGAUCUAAUCCAGCCUUUAGACUAUGGAAAAUAUCAGAAAUGGAGACAGAACAUAAAGACUCCUAACUCUGGGAA